AUGAGGAUUGGAGGUAAGCUUAAGAGUAUCAAUUAUGUUGCAGGUAUCAACACUAAAUUUUACUUGAUUAUUUCUACUGGUAGCCCAUACUAUGUUGCACCAGAGGUUUUGCACAAGCAUUAUGGAAUUGAUGUUGAUGUGUGGAGGGUCUCUGGGAAUUGGGAAAGAUAUUUUUUGUUGUUUGAAUGGGUUUGGUUGAAUUUUGGGUCUUGCACUAAUGUUCUUCAUGCUUAUGCUCGAACCAGGAAGUAUAAACGGACUAUUGAGAUAUUUGAGAAGAUGAGGGAGACUGGUCUUGAUCCAACUUUGAGUAAAGGGCUUGAGUUUGAUGAGUUUACGUGUAGCACUGUGAUAUCGGCUUGUGGGAGAGAGGGUAUGCUUGAUGAAGCAAGGAAGUUUUUUGCUGAUUUGAAAUUGAGUGGAUAUAGACCUGGAACCGUUACGUAUAACUCUAUGAUACAAGUUUUCGGGAAGUCUGGAGUUUAUGUAGAGACCUUGAAUAUCUUAAAAGAAAUGAAGGAUAAUCAUUGCGUGCUAGAUGUUGUUACUUACAACGAGGUUGUGGCGGCGUAUGUAAGAGUCGGGUUUCAUGAUGAGGGUGUUGCUGUCAUUCAUACAAUGGCAAGCAGAGGAGUUACGCCGAAUGCUAUAACUUAUACGACUGUAAUAAAUGCCUAUGGUAAAGCGAGAAACGAGGAUAAGACUUUGAAGGUGUUUGGUCAAAUGAAGGAGUUGGGAUGUGUUUCAAAUGUACGCACAUACAGUUCUGUUCUUGCAAUGCUAGGCAAAAGGUCGAGACCAGAAGACAUGAUUAAUAUUCUCCAUGACAUGAAAUUGAAUGGAUGUCUUCCUGAACGUGCAACGUGGAACACGAUGCUUGUUGUAUGUGGUGAGGAAGGUAAGCAAAAAUACGUUAACCAGGUUUUAAGGGAAAUGAAAAUUUCUAGAUAUGAGCCUAACAAAGACACGUUCAAUACAUUAAUUAGUGCAUAUGGUCGGUGUGGAUAUGAAGUUGAUGUUGCGAAAAUGUACGGGGAAAUGAUUAUGGUGGGAUUUACUCCAUGCAUAACCACAUACAGUGCUCUUCUAAACACUCUUGCUAGGCGAGGCUUGUCGAAGCAGCUGAUUCGGCUUCAGUAUGUUCUUCCUUUCUUUUCCUAUUUUAAUUGUGAUUCAACAUUGCUUCUGUCUUUGGCAUUGAUUUAUUUUGAAGGCAUUGAAACAACUGAAUUAGUGGCUGACAUGGAAAAUCAAAUAGCAAAAGCGAAAGAAGAUGCUUUAAGCGGAAAAGAUAUAUUGGACAAGGUUGAUAAGUGGAUGUCAGCAUGUGAAGAAGCAUAA